CAAAAACAAAAAAACAAAAAACACUACAGAUCGCUCUCAACGCCGCUUUGGUCGUUCACUCGCUCCGGCUCCUUGCAGCUAAGAUCAAUCAGGCUUCUCCUCUUCUUCGAUCCGCUUGGAGCUUGGAGCUUCAGUUAGACUGCUUCCGGUUAAAGGUCUCUUUUAGGAAUCUUAUUCUUCGACCACUAUCGUAAAACCAAAUGAAUGAGAAUAACAAUAUGGAUAUGGAUGUUGCCAUCACGGUGCUCCGUAAUAUAUGGUGGUGGUCAGUGAAUUCAUUUGCGUAACGGAACGGAAUCACAACGGCGUCACACAACAGCACUCUAACCGCUCAUCUCCGCCUUCACCGACAAUGGCUUCCGCCGUCACCGAGCCUAAUCUCCAGAGAAACCUCCACCUCCUCUCCGCCGAACAGGUGGAGCUGGCGGAGAUGGGGCAGGCUCAUCUGUUCGAGCAUUGGGCCAAGCCGGGCGUCGACGAUGACGAAAAGAAAGCCUUUUUUGAUCAGGUGAGUCGGCUCAAUUCAAGCUAUCCAGGGGGUUUGGCAUCAUAUAUCAAAACUGCUAGAGAACUGUUAGCGGAUUCAAAAGCCGGAAAGAAUCCAUUUGAUGGCUUUACACCUUCCGUUCCAACAGGUGAAACCUUGACUUUUGGUGAUGAUAGCUUUAUGAUUUUUGAGGAGACUGGUGUCAAAGAAGUUCGGAAAGCUGCAUUUGUUCUUGUUGCUGGAGGACUUGGGGAACGUCUGGGAUACAACGGAAUUAAGGUGGCUCUUCCUAGAGAGACGACCACAGGAACAGGUUUUUUACAACAUUAUAUUGAGACAAUAUUGGCUCUUCAAGAUGCUAGCUGUAAACUCGCAGAAGGUGAAUGCCAAACAAAAAGUCCUCUGGUUAUAAUGACAUCAGAUGACACACAUUCUCGUACAGUAGAGCUUUUAGAGUCAAAUUCUUAUUUUGGAAUGGAACCUAAUCAAGUAAAGCUUUUAAAGCAGGAAAAAGUUGCAUGCUUAGAUGAUAAUGAUGCGAGGCUUGCAGUAGACCCACGUAACAAGUACAGGAUUCAGACCAAACCUCAUGGACACGGUGAUGUGCAUUCACUACUCUACUCCAGUGGCCUUCUCAAUGAAUGGCGUGACGCUGGUUUGAGAUGGGUUCUGUUCUUCCAAGAUACAAAUGGACUUUUGUUCAAUGCAAUUCCAGCGUCAUUGGGUGUUAGUGCUACAAGACAGUACCAUGUUAACUCCCUAGCUGUUCCGCGCAAAGCAAAAGAAGCAAUUGGAGGAAUUACCCGACUUACUCAUGCUGAUGGGAGAUCAAUGGUGAUCAAUGUGGAGUACAACCAGCUUGAUCCACUGCUUAGAGCAACUGGAUUUCCUGACGGUGAUGUCAACUGUGAGACUGGCUAUUCUCCUUUCCCUGGGAAUAUCAACCAAUUAAUCUUGGAACUUGGUCCGUACAUUGAGGAGCUCACAAAAACAGGAGGUGCCAUACAGGAGUUUGUUAACCCAAAAUACAAAGAUGCUAGUAAGACUUCAUUUAAGUCCUCAACUCGGUUAGAGUGUAUGAUGCAAGACUAUCCAAAAACUUUGCCUCCAUCUGCUAGGGUGGGAUUCACGGUAAUGGAGCCAUGGCUUGCUUAUGCACCUGUUAAGAACAACCCUGAGGAUGCUGCUAAGGUACCAAAGGGAAAUCCAUAUCAUAGUGCAACUUCUGGAGAAAUGUUGGUUUAUCGUGCAAACAGUCUCAUUCUCAGAAAGGCUGGAGUCCAAGUAGCUGAUCCAGUACAACGGGUGUUCAACGGUCAAGAAAUUGAAGUGUGGCCUUGUGUCACAUGGAAACCAAAAUGGGCGGUCACUUUUAAAGAAGUAAAAAACAAAGUCAGUGGAAGUAGCUCAAUUUCUCAGAGGUCUACAUUGGUUAUUAAGGGCCGUAAUAUAUUUGUCAAGGAUCUCUGCUUGGAUGGGGCACUUGUCAUCGAUGUUGCUGAUGAUAAAGAGGUAAAAGUGGAAGGUUCAAUACAGAAUAAAGGCUGGAUCCUUGAAAAUGUUGAUUACAAAGAUACUUCAGUACCUGAGGAACUGAGGAUAAGGGGUUUCAGAAUCAACAAGAUUGAACAAUUGGUAAAGUCUGAGCCUUGAGUUCUGCUUGGAGUCUUGAAGGUUUCAUGAUCUAGAAGUGGAGGACCACCUGAAGUUUGUCACCAAGUGGAUGCUUUCUCACAUUGAAGAUGUUGAGAAAGAACUUAAUAAAUCAGUCAUGUUCGCCGAAUUUGGCUUGGCAGACCAGCUUGAUAGAUUUUACAAAACUAUUUUUGAUGUCAUUUACAAACCUGCAAAGAAACACCAGGCUGGGGCAGGUGCUUUAGCGUGGCAGUUUUUGGUAGCAGGAAUGGACAAGUAUAAUGAUGAAUUUGGGAUUGUUCCAUGGGAAAGGCCAUCUACCUAUAUGUUUAGUGGGUGGGACACUAAUAGGACUGAUAAUAGUUCUCUUAUAGAUGGCAGCACUAGCUCUCUUGUAAUGAUUACUACUACAUAUGUGUUGAUAAUUUAUACAAUUCGUUUCAUUCCUUUACUAUA